AAUUUUCAAUUCCUCGUGAGCACAGCUAACGCUUUCCAUAAAAGCUCUGCUUUCACACCUGAAUAUUUUCCUUGUUUAAGUCACCGCUGGUUCUGAUUCUCCGUCUUGCUCUUCCAUCUGUUUUUCUUUCUUCAUUUUCUUCUUGAGGAGUGAGGAAAGUGGAGGUCUGUGUUCAUGGGGUGUUGCUUUAGUGUUAAUAAAAUCAAAGCUGAGAGUCCUCUGCACCAUGGAGCGAUUUCAAAGAACAGUAGCAUGGAUGGGAAUUAUCUGAGUUGUUCAAGCAGCAACCUUUUAUCCGUCCCAGUGCCUCGUCGGACAGAGGGUGAGAUCUUACAGUCCUCUAAUUUGAAGAGCUUCACCUUUAAUGAACUGAGAACAGCCACCAGGAACUUCCGACCAGAUAGUGUUUUGGGUGAAGGUGGUUUUGGUUGUGUCUUUAAGGGUUGGAUUGAUGAGCAUUCCUUUGCACCUUCCAAGCCAGGGACUGGGAUGGUUAUUGCCGUGAAGAAGCUUAACCAAGAAGGUUUUCAGGGCCAUCAGGAAUGGCUGGCGGAAAUCAACUACCUGAGUCAACUGUAUCAUCCUAAUCUUGUGAAACUGAUUGGUUACUGCUUGGAGGAUGAACACCGGCUUCUGGUUUAUGAAUUUAUGCCCAAAGGCAGCUUGGAGAAUCAUCUGUUUAGAAGGAAUGCUUAUGUUCAACCUCUUUCUUGGAAUGUCCGGAUUAAGAUUGCUCUUGGUGCUGCAAAGGGCGUAGCAUUUCUUCAUAGUGACCAAGCAAAAGUUAUCUAUAGAGACUUGAAAGCCUCAAAUGUUUUGCUUGAUUCGAACUAUAAUGCAAAACUAUCUGACUUUGGCUUGGCCAAGGAUGGGCCAACAGGCGAUAAAAGCCAUGUUUCUACAAGGGUCAUGGGUACCUAUGGCUACGCUGCUCCUGAAUAUAUGGCAACAGGUCAUUUAACUGCCAGAAGUGAUGUAUACAGUUUUGGGGUGGUUCUUCUUGAAAUGUUAACUGGGAAGCGAGCAUAUGACAAGAACAGACCAUCGAGAGAACAGAAUUUGGUUGAUUGGGCCAAGCCUUACCUUAAAAGCAAACGCAAAAGUCUCCAAAUUAUGGAUGCUCGUAUUGAAGGCCAAUACUCGCUUGAUGCAGCAAAGAUAGCUGCUAUGGUUGCACUUCAAUGUCUAUCAACAGAACCUAAGCUCAGGCCAAGCAUGAACACGGUAGUGAAAGCACUAGAGCAACUUCAUGAUCUGGAGUCUGAUGUUGACAAUGCAGCCACCCAAACUUCUGAUCAUAGUUCAAGGAAUGAUGCUCGAGGCAACACUGUUAAUGGUAUUUCUGAUGGAAAGGGUCCUCCAGGGAACACUGCCAAUGGUACUUCUCAUUGAAGAUCUCCCUCUUCUACUGGCCCAUCUGCGUCUUUCUGUACUUCAUGAAUGAGGAAAAUGCAUGAUACAUGGGAGUUACUCUUUUUGCACAGAUGUAAUAUGAAUGGAUAUCAUACUAUUGAAAUUGAACUCUAGGCAUUGUAUGCCGGCUAUUGAUCAUUUGUACAGUUCAUCAAUUUUAUGAUAUCUGAGUUUAUUAUUUUCAUUCAUCCUUCUAGCAUACCCCCAGAACUGUAUUUUCACUCAUCCUUUGAGCAUACCCCCAGAACUGAGAUUUUGUGAUGUAAGAUAAAAUAUUUAUUUAUUU